AUGGGCCCUUCUCAGCUGGUCGAACCACAUAAACAACAACAAGCCUCAUCGACGAUGAGUCCUCCCUCCGAUGUCAAUUCUGCGACAUCAAUAAAUCAUGACAAUGGCUAUGAUCAACACUUUAACGCAUACAACACCCACAUCGACCCCACAAAGAACCUCCUAGAUUCAUUCACCAGACAGUCAUCCUACAACACCACAAGAGAUCUACUCAACAUUCUAGAAGCCAAGUACAUCAACAAUCAUGAUCACCCUCUACCUCUACUUCACAUAAACAGCAAGACAUGGCUGAAUGACGAAACCGCUAAACUUGUUCGUAUGAAUGAUUACAAUUUUGUUUUUAAAAAUAGGUCUGACAGAAUAAGUGGUGGAGUCGGAAUCUUCAUCAGAUCAGGCAUUGAAUUUUCUAUGAUAAACAAUUUGCUUCUGAACGACACCAUUAUUGACCUUCUUGGUAUCAAUUUAAAAUUAAACACACACGUAAAUAUUUUAGUAUAUAGACCCCUCAACACUGACCCUAAUAUCUUAAUCCAAAAGCUCGAACUUAUUUUACCAACAUUCAAGCCACACAUAAAGAGCUAUUUAAUUGGCGACUUUAACCUUGACCUCAAUAAACUCAACAGUGACAACGUCGUUGCUGACUUCUCUAACCUACUAUCAUCAUACAACUUCUUACCUCUUAUAACCUCCUCUACUCGCAUCUCAACUUCUUCUUGCUCACUCAUCAACAAUAUCUUUACUAACAACCUAACUUCUCACUUAUCUGGAAUAAUUCUGUCUGACAUAUCCGACCAUUUCCCUAUAUUCGCCAUCGCUUCCAAAUCAGAAAUCUCAAACCAUGCCCCUAUAAAGCACUUCAGAAACCUAACUAGUGUUAUAUACGGUUAUAUAGAUUUAUUUAAAGUUAUGUAG